UUGUGAGAGUACAUCGAAACGCAUACACCAUUACCAGCAUUUGGGAUGUUAGAGCAGAUGAGUACGAAAACGUAUAAGUUGAUGCUCACAAAAUAUAGGGAACGAUAUUCUAUAGCCACGAUGGAAGAUGUAUGUAUAGAUAUUCAUAUUAACCAAAUAUAACCCUUUAGAACAAGUGUAAUUGAAUGACCCAUUUCAGUAACUAUGUCUCACAUAGGCCUAAUUUGAAGUGCAACUGCACUAGUAAAUUUCAACUUUUCGAAAUGCCAAUAGCAAGGAGUUGUAGCGCAAUAGUUAAGCACUGACUUGGUGAAAAUGCGUCUCUCAUUGUCGAUUUUUGUUUUGUGAUCAUGGGGACAAGCAUUUUCAGUAAUGUAGUAGGUGUUUGACCUUCAACGCGAAAAAAGAGAUGAUGAUCUUUUUUUCCGGGCAAUGUCAAUUCACUUGAGAAACUUUCGUAAGUCAUUGACGCUCGUUCCAAGUUUUCAUUCACAUUCCUUUCUUUUCUGCUUGCGGCAAAGUAGAACAAAUGUCACAGCAGCGGCGUCUUGACCUCCCAACAUUACGAACCAGAGGCAAUGUUGCACCAUAUUAUCGCAUCUUUUGACUGAGUGGGCUAGGGAGUACGUAAAUAGUAUUGCAGGAUAUUACUGAAGUGGUCUGUGAGAUAAGUGGUAGUUACUGUUAGCAUUGGUGUGGCGUUUCUAUUAAUUGGUACGUCCGGUGCCCUCUUACAUCAUUCUUCACAGAUAACGCUCAGUAUGAACUGCUAUCUGCAGUUUGACUGUCCAGGCACUGGAUUUAAGAGCUGUGGUACCGAACCGCACAGUUCAGUAGCUAACGCAGUUCAGUCGCAGAGAGUGGCCCGAAUAUUGACUGAAAAUUCUAAGAGAAACAGGAAUAAGAGACACCGCAAAAAAUGCUGCCGCCGACGUACGUUCCUGGUUUCCACGACGAGGCCGCCGUGAAGGCGAUGCGCUAUAAUGACCUCGGCACGACGGGUCUCAAAGUGUCCCACCUGGGUCUGGGUGCUGGCCCGCUGGGUUGUUAUGGAGACUACCCCGAAGAAGAGGGAAUUGCAGCAGUGCGGGAGGCGGUCCGGCAGGGCAUCAACUACAUUGACACGGCACCCCUGUACGGCAAGUCCGAAGAGGUUCUCGGCAAGGCCCUGAAGGGCAUCCCGCGGCAGGCGUACUAUGUCGCCACCAAGGUCUCGCGCUACGCGCAGUGGGAACCACGCACUAUGUUCGACUUCUCUGCAAAGAGGACGAGGGAGAGCUUUGCGAAGAGCCUCGAGCUGCUGCAGCUGGACUACGUGGACAUCAUACAGGUGCACGAUGUGGAUUUCGCUAUAAACCCAGACAUACUUAUCAAGGAGACACUUCCGGCACUGCAGGAGAUUGUGGCAGCGGGCAAGGCGAGGUUCAUCGGUAUCACGGGGUACCACCUGGAGCCACUCCGCGAGCUCAUCGAGAAGAGCACAAGUGUGAAAGUGCACACGAUACUGUCGUUCACGAGAGACACGCUCAUAGACGACACGCUGCAGCGGCAUCUUCCAUUCUUCAAGGAGAAGGGCGUGGGCGUGAUCUGCGCUGCAGGUGUGGCAAUGGGUCUCCUGAGCAGUUCGGGGCCGCAGCCGUGGCACCCGGCGCCCCAGGAGCUGAAGGAUGUGUGCCGAGCAGCGGCCGACUACUGCAAGGAGAGGGGAGUGGAGCUCGCGCGGCUGGCGGUGCACCACGCCUUGACGCGUGAGGGGCAGGCGAUGCACCUCGUCGGUGUCAACAGUGUGAGAGAGCUGCAGUCCAACCUGCAGAUCCUGCGCGACGGGCUGACUCCCGCAGAGAAAGAGGUGCUGCGUGACAUCCAGCAGAAGUUCUUCGCCAAGAUGCCGGUGCGCCACUGGGAAGGCCUGCAGCUGCCGAAGCUGAAGGAGGAAUGGCGCAAGUUGGGGAUGCUCUGACCUGUUUUAUUUACUUCCCCCUUUCCUUUGAAAUUAAUAUUCAUUCAUUCUGUAAUUCGUUUUCACUCAGGUGUGUACAUGAAUUCAAAUGUCAAUUACAAAAUUCAUAUAGAAUAAAACUGUCUAUUAAUUUUCAUAAUCAAUAAAUAAAUAAAUAUUAUAUUAUAUU